CGAAAUAUCUAUGACCUUCUAGCUGGCCAUUGAGUCUCUCUGCUUUGAACACAAAACUCGACACGUAGUCGGAAGAGUCUGCGAGGUCGACUUGAACCAUAUUCACCUCAGCCGCAGUCAUGGACUACGGCAUGUUGUCAGCAUACUUUCAGCUUGGAUUUCAAGCUCUAUUCCCACUGGUCGUAGGCUCGUUCAAGUCCUUGCAAACUCCCGCCAGUACAAAAGCAAAGCGCAGAGCUGCUCGACAUGCCGCCCCUGAGCUCUCGGAGAAUGAUGACGAGGACGACAACGACAGCGAUGAAGAUCUCUCCGAGACCCUCAGCUGGACAGACUCACUGGCUGUCCCUAUAUUAGGAUCCGUCGCUCUGUUAAGUCUGUGGCUGUUGAUAAAGUAUGUCGGGAAGGAAUGGGUCAGUUUUUGUUUAGGCGUAUAUUUCUCUGUAUUCUCGGUCUUCGCAUUACAUUCAACCAGCUCGACGCUCGUCAACUUUAUACUGAGAAAACUUGGGUCCAAACCAUCUGUAUACCAUAUCCGCAUCUCCACCAACCUGAAGCAACUUGCCCAUACCGCAGUCACCCUACCUACAGUUCUCCUAAUCCCCUUGGCCAUCGCUCUCCCAUCACUGUACCUUCCUCUCGGUCGUCCAUUCUGGAUCUCCAAUAUCCUGGCCCUCUCGCUGGCCACUACGACUCUGUCGCUGCUCAAACUCGAUUCGUUCCUCACUGCAUUCUCCUUGUUGGCAUUACUGUUGGUCUAUGAUGUGUUCUGGGUCUUCGCCACACCCGUCAUGGUCGACGUAGCACGAGGCGUCGAUGCACCUAUCAAGCUUCUCGCCCCUAAAUCCGGUUCGUCUUUAGAUUUCGCCAUGUUAGGCUUAGGGGACAUUAUCGUCCCUGGUCUAGUCAUCGCCCUAUGCCUUCGAUUCGACAUGUACCGGCACACGGUAUCUCACCCAACACACCAGAUCACCCGACAUGAUGCCUUUGGUAGAGCAUACUGGUACGUCGCCAUGACCAGUUACAUAUUGGGUAUGGCGGGGACCAUGUCUAUCGUCCAUUGGAGCGGGAAAGCACAACCGGCUUUACUGUAUCUCAGUCCAGCGUGCAUCCUCGGACCGCUACUGUUCGCUCUUGCUCGUGGCGAAUUCAAACUCUUCUGGGGAUUUUCCGAUGCGCCAGGAGAUGAGAGUCAAAAAUCCAAAUUGGAUGAGACCAUCGAAGCGCCGUCCGAAGCUGCCAUGAGGGCCAAGCAGGGCAUCUUAGAGGACCAGGCGGAGAAGACAGAUCAAAUGGCCGAAAAUGUAAGCCAUCCCGUCCAGCAGGAGGAGGAAGAUGACAGUUGGAUGGAUGGAACGGGUGUGGCAACGGGAGGAGGAGAGGAAAAGAGUAGAAAGACGAAGAAAAAGGGUGCCAAGAAGAAGUAGAUUAGCCCAGUGGACGAUAGACUUAUUG